CAAAAUGCGUCUAUCCAUUUGGUAGUACAUAAUUGUGAAAUUUAAAUUCUUUUAACCAUUUCAAACUAUCGUAGGCUACUUCUGGUGGUGACCGUUUCGAUUCAGGCGACCAGGGAAUACCAAUGCGUAGAUUUUCCCAUCGAGAAUCAGUGUAUUAUUGAACAUAUCUCGUAUUAUCCAGGACAGCAAAUAUCUUUUCCCACUGGGUAUCGCCAUAUUCGAAUCCUUCCUGUUAGAAAUCUCAAGGAAACUCAACCAAAACUAACCGUUCUCGAUGACCAGCUGUAUGAGGCUAUGCACCGUCCACCAAUUUUGGAGAUGGUAAAUAUUGCAAUGGAUCACCUGAUUGUGCCACCGGAUUUGCUGCUGGGGAAUUUCGAGGAUAAUUCUAUCAGCAGUAUAGAAGUGAGCUACACAAAGUCAUAUCAAAUUUCAUUCCUAGAUUUGGACCACAAUAACUUGAGAAAUAUCAAUAACAUCAGUGCUCUGAUCAAUCUUGAAACACUCCAUCUACGAGAUAAUGCGAUAAAGAGUAUUGAUAGGACUGUAUUCGCUCCAUUGAUCAAGCUAAAGCGAUUGUACCUCGGAUUCAACUCUUUGAUUACCCUCCCGUGGCAAUCUCUUUCUUCGACAUUGGUUCAUUUGGACUGUUACGUGAACUAUUUGGACAAUGUAAAUUUCCGCAAUGUGUCAUUUCCAGCAUUAGAAUAUCUGAACAUAAAUAGAAAUGAGAUCAGAUUGUUGAACGUUACGGAACUACUACUGGCAACUCCGAAACUAAAGGUGGUAUACGUGCUAGUCAAUAAUUUCAAAAAAGAUCGAAGGGACAAAAUCGAACAAGAGUUAAAAAAUAACAACCUAACCUAUGAUGGCAAUGAAGAAUACUACGACGAUGACGACUGCUACUAUGACGAAGAGUAUGUUGAUGGCCGAUGCGUUAGACGACAUCAAGGUAUAACUGUUUAUAAGGCAACACUGCUGUCCGUGGUUAGUCUAGCGGUGGCAACAUUGCUCGUUGGAAUACUCUACUGGACAUAUAAAGAGGUCAAUCGAUAGAUGUAUCAAUUGAAAAUGCACUAAUCUUACGGUAGAUGAUAUUGUUUGGUUCAAUUGCAACUUAUUAUCUCGUUAUCAUAUAUUGGUAUUCGUUCCAUAGUAAUGUUCUAGAGUUAAGAAGACGAUUUGAAUUAUGUAACUAGUGAACUUCUGUGCCAAUCCUUCGUUUUUCAAAAUUCAGUUCUAAUACAGAUGAUGUAUCUGCAAUUCAAUUGAAUAACCGUCAAAAAUAUCGUCUCAUGUUUAUGGGGGCAAAAUGACUCGAAUUGUGUGGAGCAAUAUGCUUAGAAAUUCGCUUACAAACAAUUAUUCAUAAGUUAUCAAUUUAAUUAAUAAAAGUAAACAAAUAUACACCUGGAAAGUGUUUCUUUCACGAAAAGGCUAGAACUUUUUUGAAUUUAAAGAAGAAGCUUUCUGAGGCUGCAUUUUGCCCGUUGUUGACGUACGUUUCGAUUAAGAAUUAAGAGAUUAAGGGUACGUAAUACCCCAUCUUCCCCUAAUCAGAGCAACAGGAAUCAUUGCUGAACUGGACCAACUCCAUUUUAAGUUUGUUCCUGUUGAUCGGUGUAGCUUCGAAUAUAUUGAAAUAAUUUAAAAGAUCAUUUAAAAGUAUUAGAAACAUAUAAGAAAUACACUAAUUAUUUAGUUUCAACAGUUUCUCUAAGAAAAAAAACGAAAAAGCAUUGCUGUUACACUAGACGACCCCCUUAACGUUGACCUGAACGAUCUGUUUUUGGUCUAUCAAUAAAUUGAGAAUAUUGAUAAGUAUAUUCUGAGAUUACGGAAAAAACAG